UACAUAUUGUCAGGUAAACUAGGUCACGUGGAUAACAUUGGCGGCAUGUUUAACAGCUAAUUGUAAAUAAUUAAGGUAUUAAGCGUUUUAAGAUUCUUACGUUAAGCCAAACUAGCGACAUAUCACCAUAUCAACCAACAUGGCGGUGCAUAAACAGCCCCAGUCAAUGCCGAUGCAGACUCAGAUGAGCAACCUUCCCCCGAGUGUACAGUAUCUGAACAGUCUUGACCAGGUCUUCGUCAAACAGAAGAUUGAGAUGCUUGAAGUGCUGACAGGCUUUGAGACGGCAAAUCGCUAUGCCGUUCUUAACAAGGACAUGCAGCAGAUUUACUACGUACAAGAAGAGUCGAGCCUCUGUGAACGAUGCUUCUUUCCUUUGAAUCGCGGGUUUCAGUUGCAUAUGACUGACAACAACUCUCAGGAGAUCAUUCGGAUGUCCCGUGACUUCAAAUGCUGUAUGGGGUGCUGCUGGUGUGCCGGAGGCUUCUGUCAGAUGGUCAUCAACGUGGAGGCACCGGUGGGGAUCCUUGUUGGGAGGAUCAAGACGGGCAACUCCAAAUGCCAAGCCCACAUGCAGGUAUAUGAUGCAGCAGACAACCAUAUGUUCACCGUCUGGGGCCCGUGCUGUCCCUGCCAGGCAAUCUGCUGCACAGAUGACAUUGACUUUCCGAUUACUGACCCCUCCCUGACCCAGCGGGUUGGUAACAUUGCCAAGGUGUGGCGCGGUGUCUGCACAGACAUGAUGACUGAUGCAGACUCCUUCAGGGUCAACUUUCCUGCUGACAUGUCCCUUAAUGCUAAGGUCCUGUGCAUUGCAGCCACAUUCAUGGUGGACUAUUACGUCUUCGAACAGCAGAGGAAGAACAACAACAACUAACCAAAGAGAAACCUGCAAAUUAGAUAUAAUGGGUUUUCAAGUUUAUUUUUGGUAAUCAGAGACCUGAUGGUAAUUGGCUAGAGAUAGUUUAUGUUAGAAGAAGCUAGUUUAAUCUUUGUAUUAACCCAUUUAUGCCUAGCGUCUAGAAAAAAGGCCUUGGCAAACAGCGUAGACCCAGAUGAGACGCCGCAUCAUGCGGCGUCUCAUCUGGGUCUGCGCUGUUUGCUUAUAAGAAAUUUCUGUAAGAAAUAUUCUAAAUAUAGAAAUAAAUAUACUAGACAUCCCUAAUUUUGGAAACAAUUGAUCCAGUAUAGACGGAUGGGAGAGUCCACUAGGCAUAAAUGAGUUAAAUGUAUCACUAAUUUUGCAAUAGGUCGUUUAGACAUGACUGUGUGUGAUGACACAAGCAUGAGCUUUGCUGCACUGAACUUGUCCAAAAUUUAGUUUACUUGGCUGUAAUAUUAUAACAUGAAACAGGGCUGUCAUUGUUUAACCCUUUCAGUGCUGGAACCGAAUUUUGAAGGCCUUUGCAAACAGUUUGGAUCCAGAUGAGACGCCACAGAACGUGGCGUCUCAUCAGGAUCCAAACUGUUUGCUAUUCUAAUAGUAUUAUUUGAAAAAAAAUCAAAGAAAAUGCUAAUUUGAGAAAUUCAGCAGACGACAUUUUAGCAGACGACAAAUUUCCCAGCAUGCAAAGGGUUAAUCUAAUCUAAUUUGGUGUUAUAUAUAAUUAUUAUAUAUUAUAUAAUAUACUUAAACAUUGAUCAUAGUUGUAUAACAAAGCGUUACAGACCAUGUGUUAAUUUAUAGAGUGUACUUGAAACAUGUGGUAGGUCUUAAAUGCAGGGAUAUUUUUUAAGCAAUUCCAUGUUUACCGGGUAUGCCAACAAUGUUUAUGCAAACAGAUAGUAUCUAUCUAUUAUUUGCAUCCUAAUAUUGUUAAAGGAUAAUCUACAAGUAUAUCUAUUCAUAACCAUUUUAUAUUUCUGUAUCCGAAUGUUGCUUUUGGUAUACGGGCCAAACAAAACCACUUUCAUGCAAUAGAUUAUGAGAAUAUUUUCUAUCUUGUUAGUCAUGUUUAUUUUUCUGUUGUUUUUUUCUUUACAAAUUUUCCUGAUUUUUAUUUGAUCAAACCUGAUAUUGCUUGCUUUUUAAGACAUACAAUUUGUAUACAGAAAUAGGAUUCAUUGAGGAUGAAAGUGUUGUCAGCUCUGGAUGUGAGAACACAUUUUGAAUUAUUAUACAAUUUAAAAUAUCCAAAUUCUUAGUGUGCAACAAUUUUUAAGGGAAUCCAGAAAUGAGCUAAAUUUGAAAUGUGCUUAGGUGUAUCCACAGUUUGAACAAAUUCUAUCCAGCAAGAAAAACGUUUGCAUUAAUAUUUAUAACGAGCUGAAUGAUUUUCAUGAAAAUAAUUCUAACCAGAAAUAUGAUUAGUUUUUUUGAAAUUUGACUGGUCAGAACGUAUCUAUGAUUGUGUAUUUAUUCUUCAAAGAUUAUCAAUAUUGCUUUCCAAAACAAAUUAAGAUGCUGCUGAUGAAAAUGGUAUUAUAGGAAAACAUCAAGGUAUAUAGCAUGCUGAAAAUCCUCUGUAAUGAUACUAAACCAGUGCAAUGAAUUUUCAGUGAGAAUCUAUGGCCAUCUUGGUCCUCCUGUUGCGCAAAUUACUACUUGUAUCAAAUCAGUUAAGCACACUUUCAUCUUAUUGUUAUUUCUUUGUGUGUUCAAUUGCUAUUUUAAGCAAACGUUGAUCUUAUUGUUAUGUCUUUGGGUAUUAAACUGCUAUUUAAAGCACGCAGUUAUGUUAUUGUUAUUUCUAUGUGUACUUCAGCUAAUUUUGGCAUGAUUUUUAUCCAAUCUGUUCAAGAUUUCCUAUAUCUUAUGUAACUGAGGAUCAUCCAUUCAAAGUUUGAAGCUUGCUGCAAUAUUAUUCAGUGCCAUGUAUUCUUUCCAUACAGUAACCCAUGACUUGGAAUAUAUUUUAUAAUUCUCCAUAAUGUUUUUUGCAUUCUCCACUUUUAAACAGCCAGUUUUAUCUGUAUUGGGAUGUAUUUUAGUACUUAAUAAAUGUGUGAUAAAAUC